CUGAGCACAUGAGUAACGGCCAUGCUUUAAUAGUGGUGUGAUAGUGUAUUAUUAUGCGGCUCACACAAUUCAACUUCCAGUUGUGGAAUAUGAGAAGACUAUUCUUAUACCAAUCAAGAUGUCGGACAUUCACGUCCUCAGCCAGAUGUAUGACGGCCACCAGAUUUUAUGAUGACGCCAUAAGCCUUCUUAAUACCCUUCAGACGCCAUAUGAGAAGCUCAAGAAGCGUUGGGACGCCAAAAUUUUACUUGAUGAAAGCGCGAAUCAAGAAAUCAGAAAAUGUCUCACGAUAAUCGGGUAUUCACAAAGCGAUCUAGACAAGUUAAACAUAGUCCACGUUGCCGGUACCAAAGGUAAAGGGUCAACAUGCGCCUACGUUGACUCUAUACUAUCACAAUAUCGCAAGUCACAUGCUAUACCCCAAAACAUCGGGCUCUUCACCUCACCCCACCUCAUUGCCGUCCGAGAACGAAUCCGCAUCAACUCAGCCCCAAUCUCAGCCUCUCUCUUUGCAAAGUACUUUUUCGAAGUCUGGGACAGGCUAGAAGCUGCUACUGCAGAGUCUGAUGUCCCCUUAGAGAAGCCAUUGUAUUUCCGGUAUCUGAAUCUGAUGAGCUAUCAUGUCUUCCUGCAGGAGAAAGUCGAUGCUGCGAUCUAUGAGGUAGGUAUUGGUGGUGAGUAUGAUUCUACAAAUGUUGUGGACCGUCCAGCUGUGACGGGAAUUUCAACCCUAGGGAUUGACCAUACGCCUGUACUUGGUGACACGAUUGAUAAGAUUGCGUGGCAUAAGGCUGGGAUACAAAAGAAGGACGUUCCGUCUUUCACGGUGCCACAACUGCCAGCAGCUUUGGAAGUUGUCGAAAAAAGGGCCACUGAGAAAGGUGUUAAGUCUUUCAGUGUUGUUGAUCUGGAUUCUCGGCUAGAGGGGGUUAGAAUCCGACCAGAUGCUCUGUUCCAGAAAUCGAACGCGAGUCUUGCGAUCGCUCUUACGGAGUCUUUGCUCAAGACUCUAGAUCCGGAUUUCAAACCUGAUCUAACAGUGUUACCGAGCGCUUUUAUUGAUGGGCUUGAACAAGUGGUCUGCAGAGGAAGAUGCGAAACCAAGGUCGAUGGUGACAUCACAUGGUAUCUAGAUGGCGCUCAUACAGCAGACAGUAUCAUCGUUGCAACAAAGUGGUUUAGUGAUGAAUGCGUUCAGAGGCCUAGGCCUCGAAUCCUCAUCUUCAACCAACAAGGCCAUCGGGAAUCUCUUGGGCUGUUGACCGGGCUAUACGAUGCCAUUAAAUCCCACAACACCGUUACAUUCGACCACGUUAUCUUCUGCCCUACUGUGCCACCCGCUCAAGCUUUAAAGAAAGACCAUGUCAACCUCUCUGCCGACUCUUCAGCUGUAGCAGGCCUCACAAUGCAGAAGACGUUCGCCGAGAAGUGGAAAGAACUCGAUACGUCCUCGCUAUCUACGAUACAUGUUCUGCGUAGUGUAGAGGAAGCGUUCACUUGUGUGCGAGAUCUGAGCCAGGAGAAAGGGGAGGUGCAUGUCUUUAUCACAGGGAGUGUACAUCUUAUUGGACGAGCUUUGGGGAUCUUGGAGAGUGCCGAAGCUUUGUGAUGUCGUUAGUAAGGCCGGAUAAGGACAUAAGAGUUGGAUCUACUGUCUUCUCUCCUCCGCUGUAGUAGUUAUAUCCACUGAACGACUGGGACAACGGCUUUGCAAGACGAGGCAUCUAUUCACGCCUGGUUUACAAUUCGCUCACAGGAGCCUACAAGUGUCUGGUCUGCCGCGAGGGACAAAUUAGCAUGGAUCACACUUCCGAAGGCAGGCGAGAGCAAGGAAUCAUUGAUUUUACUCUAUGUUAGACUCAUAGAACAGUGCGAUAAAGGGCAAGAGUCUAUUAGAGACCCUUAAAUUAGGGCUUUUGAGAAUCAACAUGGAGAAUACACAGCUUCGCACGGCGGAACAGCUACGAACACGGAUGGUCGAAGGAUUUUUGUAAAACUGCCUAAGAUACCUACUAGGAUAGAUAUAGCAGAGUCCACACUCUAAACUCCAAUUUCAAGAAGUAGAAAGCGUCCAUUUUGCCCUCCUAUUUAUACACUCACGAUAUCGAAACACCUAAUGUUGCUCUACUAAAGACAUUACGGACUGUAGCUGGUAUAUCCAAAACCGCUAGCCUUCUCUCUCACGCAACCCAAACCUAAUCCAAGCCGGUUCAUGCAAACCUCCAAACUUCAUUUCAAUGUGUAACAAAGAAAGGCG